CCUGCAGGGUCUCCCAUGGGAUUGCUGGGACCUUACUGGGUGAGAUGGCACUGUGUGCAAAAAAGCGCCCCCCAGAAGAAGAAAGGAGGGCGCGGGCCAAUGACCGAGAAUACAAUGAGAAAUUCCAGUAUGCGAGUAACUGCAUCAAGACCUCCAAGUACAAUAUUCUCACCUUCCUGCCUGUCAACCUCUUUGAGCAGUUCCAGGAAGUUGCCAAUACCUACUUCCUGUUCCUUCUCAUUCUGCAGUUGAUCCCACAGAUCUCGUCCCUGUCCUGGUUCACCACCAUUGUGCCUUUGGUUCUUGUCCUCACCAUCACAGCUGUUAAAGAUGCCACUGAUGACUACUUCCGCCACAAGAGUGAUAACCAGGUGAAUAACCGUCAGUCUCAGGUGCUGAUCAAUGGAAUCCUCCAGCAAGAGCAGUGGAUGAAUGUCUGUGUUGGUGAUAUCAUCAAGCUCGAAAAUAACCAAUUUGUGGCGGCGGAUCUCCUCCUCCUUUCCAGCAGUGAACCCCAUGGGCUGUGUUACAUAGAGACGGCAGAACUCGAUGGAGAGACCAACAUGAAAGUGCGUCAGGCGAUUCCAGUCACCUCGGAAUUGGGAGACAUCAGUAAGCUUGCCAAGUUUGAUGGUGAAGUGAUCUGCGAACCUCCCAACAACAAGCUGGACAAAUUCAGUGGAACUCUCUACUGGAAGGAGAACAAGUUCCCCCUGAGCAACCAGAACAUGCUGCUGCGGGGCUGCGUGCUGCGAAACACCGAGUGGUGCUUCGGGCUAGUCAUCUUUGCAGGUCCUGACACUAAGCUGAUGCAGAACAGUGGCAGGACAAAGUUCAAGAGAACAAGUAUUGAUCGCCUAAUGAAUACACUGGUGCUCUGGAUUUUUGGAUUCCUGGUCUGCAUGGGGGUGAUCCUGGCCAUUGGCAAUGCCAUCUGGGAGCACGAGGUUGGGAUGCGCUUCCAGGUCUACUUGCCUUGGGAUGAGGCAGUGGACAGUGCCUUUUUCUCUGGCUUCCUCUCCUUCUGGUCCUACAUCAUCAUCCUCAACACCGUCGUGCCCAUAUCUCUCUAUGUCAGUGUGGAGGUCAUCCGCCUGGGCCACAGCUACUUCAUCAACUGGGAUAAGAAGAUGUUCUGCAUGAAGAAGCGGACGCCCGCAGAGGCCCGUACCACCACCCUGAACGAGGAGCUGGGCCAGGUGGAGUACAUCUUCUCUGACAAGACAGGCACGCUCACUCAGAACAUCAUGGUCUUCAACAAGUGCUCCAUCAAUGGCCACAGCUAUGGUGAUGUGUUUGAUGUCCUGGGACACAAGGCUGAAUUGGGAGAGAGGCCUGAACCUGUCGACUUCUCCUUCAAUCCUCUGGCUGACAAGAAGUUCUUAUUUUGGGACCCCACCCUCUUGGAAGCUGUCAAGAUGGGGGACCCCCACACGCAUGAGUUUUUCCGCCUCCUUUCCCUUUGUCAUACCGUCAUGUCAGAAGAAAAGAACGAAGGGGAGCUGUACUACAAAGCCCAGUCCCCGGACGAGGGGGCCCUGGUCACUGCAGCCAGAAACUUUGGUUUUAUAUUUCGCUCUCGUACCCCCAAAACCAUCACUGUCCACGAGAUGGGCACAGCCAUCACCUACCAGUUGCUGGCCAUCCUAGACUUCAACAAUAUCCGCAAGCGGAUGUCGGUCAUAGUGCGGAAUCCAGAGGGGAAGAUCCGGCUCUACUGCAAAGGGGCUGACACUAUCCUGCUGGACAGACUCCACCACUCCACCCAAGAGCUGCUUAACACCACCACUGACCACCUGAAUGAAUACGCAGGGGAAGGGCUGAGGACCCUGGUACUGGCCUACAAGGAUCUGGAUGAAGAGUACUAUGAGGAGUGGGCUGAGAGACGACUCCAAGCCAGCCUGGCCCAGGACAGCCGGGAGGACAGGCUGGCCACCGUCUAUGAGGAGGUUGAGAGCGACAUGAUGCUGCUGGGUGCAACGGCCAUUGAAGACAAACUUCAGCAAGGGGUUCCGGAGACUAUCGCCCUCCUGACGCUGGCCAACAUCAAGAUUUGGGUGCUAACCGGAGACAAACAAGAGACGGCCGUGAACAUUGGCUAUUCCUGCAAGAUGCUGACGGACGACAUGACAGAGGUGUUCAUAGUCACUGGCCACACCGUCCUGGAAGUGCGGGAGGAACUCAGGAAAGCCCGGGAGAAGAUGAUGGACUCGUCCCGCGCUGUAGGCAACGGCUUCACCUACCAGGAGAAAGUUUCUUCUUCCAAGCUUACAUCUGUCCUGGAAGCUGUUGCUGGGGAGUACGCCCUGGUGAUCAAUGGGCACAGCCUAGCCCAUGCGUUAGAGGCAGACAUGGAGCUGGAGUUUUUGGAAACAGCCUGUGCCUGCAAAGCUGUCAUCUGCUGCCGGGUGACCCCUUUGCAGAAGGCACAAGUGGUGGAACUGGUUAAGAAGUACAAGAAGGCUGUGACACUUGCUAUUGGGGAUGGAGCCAAUGAUGUCAGCAUGAUCAAAACAGCCCACAUUGGUGUGGGCAUCAGUGGUCAGGAAGGGAUCCAGGCUGUCCUGGCCUCUGAUUACUCCUUCUCCCAGUUCAAGUUCCUGCAGCGCCUCCUGCUGGUGCACGGGCGCUGGUCCUACCUGCGCAUGUGCAAGUUCCUCUGCUAUUUCUUCUACAAGAACUUUGCUUUCACCAUGGUCCACUUCUGGUUCGGCUUCUUCUGUGGCUUCUCAGCCCAGACCGUCUAUGACCAGUAUUUCAUCACCCUUUAUAACAUCGUGUACACAUCCCUCCCAGUCCUGGCUAUGGGGGUCUUUGAUCAGGAUGUCCCAGAGCAGCGGAGCAUGGAGUACCCUAAGCUAUAUGAGCCAGGCCAGCUGAACCUCCUCUUCAACAAGCGGGAGUUUUUCAUCUGCAUCGCCCAGGGCAUCUACACCUCCGUGCUCAUGUUCUUCAUCCCCUAUGGGGUGUUUGCUGAGGCCACUCGGGAUGAUGGCACUCAGCUGGCUGACUACCAGUCCUUUGCAGUCACUGUGGCUACUUCGCUGGUCAUCGUGGUCAGUGUGCAGAUUGGGCUGGAUACAGGCUACUGGACAGCCAUCAACCACUUCUUCAUCUGGGGCAGCCUAGCUGUUUACUUUGCCAUCCUCUUUGCCAUGCACAGCAAUGGGCUCUUCGACAUGUUUCCGAACCAGUUCCGGUUUGUGGGUAAUGCUCAGAACACCCUGGCCCAGCCCACGGUGUGGCUGACCAUCGUGCUCACCACGGUCGUCUGCAUCAUGCCUGUGGUUGCCUUUCGAUUCCUCAAGCUGAACCUGAAGCCUGACCUCUCUGACACGGUCCGCUACACCCAGCUGGUGCGGAAGAAGCAGAAGGCCCAGCACCGCUGCAUGCGGCGUGUGGGUCGCACAGGUUCCCGGCGCUCCGGCUAUGCCUUCUCCCACCAGGAGGGCUUCGGGGAGCUCAUUAUGUCUGGGAAAAAUAUGCGGCUCAGCUCGCUUGCACUCUCCAGCUUUACCACUCGCUCUAGCUCCAGCUGGAUUGAGAGCCUGCGCAGGAAAAAGAGUGAUAGCGCCAGCAGCCCCAGUGGAGGGGCCGACAAGCCCCUCAAGGGUUGAAGGCUGCGACUGGGACACCCCAUGCUGGUUAUCAGAGCACGCAGGGCUGGCCGGCCACUGAGAGGACAGCAUCUAAGAACUGCGGGUCCUCAUCCCUUGCCUCUCCCAUAUCCCCUAGUAGACUCUGUCCUACUGGUACAAGGAAUGGCUGGGGCAUCCCCAGCUAUGGGAGAGUGGAGGGGGCAGGCCCUAAGGGCAGAGUAGGGGCUGGGGCAUCAUCAAAAACAAGCCCCAGUAGGGGACCAGAUGUGGAACCAAAAAUAGAAGAAAAAACUCUUGGAGAUUGGGUCUGCCCCUGCCCUGCCUGGGAGUCCACAGGGAGACUAUAAUCUCUGUAUUUUUUUAUUCCCACUCCCCAGAGGGGCCCUAGAGCCCCUGUUCCUGAAUUACACAAGAAUGUAUCAUGCCGGGAAGCCAGAGACCUGCUGGGGCCUCUGGGCCCCUUGCAUCGUGUAUGUCUCUCCUUGAUUUGUGUUUGUGUCCAUUUGGUUUUGUCUUUUUUAUUUGGCAAGUGGAGGAGUCCACUAUGUAAUUUUCAUGUUAUGGUUGAUGUCUUAACUGUCCUGGGGAAGAGGAGGCUGGCAUGCAGGGGUGCCCCAACCUGGCUGGAUUUGGAGUAGUUUGGGAGGAGCCACAGGUCACAGGUGGCCCUCCAGUGGCUGGUGUCCAUGAGGGAUAGAGAGGCUGACCAGAGUGGGAGGUCUCUGUCAGCAGAGGGUGUUGGGAGAGGAUAAGGAAGGUUUCAUCCUAUCUCCUUCCUCACCUUGAGAGUGAGAUGCUACCCCUUCCUCCAGCACACACAUAUAUCAACUCCCGGAUUCUAUAAUUCCUGCUAGUAUUUCCCAGGGCUGGAGUCUGGGAACGUGAUCCCAUGGUUCUCAGUGACCUAAAGCUGGGUAUGAAAUUUAGUCUGAAGAAAAGUUUUCUUUUGAAUUUAGACCCAAGUUCAUUAGCAGAGUCCCUUCUGACUUCCCUUCUCCUUCCUCAUUGGCAUUUUCCUACAUUACACCCUGGACCUGAGGUGGGCCCGAAAGGGGAAGCUGAGCAUCCAGAGGCAAGGCUGAAAGGGGGAAGCUGGCCUCUGCUUCACCCUUCUGGUAAACAAGGGGUCCCACCCCCUCCAGGGCUAGCAUCUGGAAAGAUGUGGUAGAGUCUCUGUACUGGGGCGGGGGGACGGGGCGCAGGAGGAGUGCAAAACUGGGCUCGGGCCAGGAGACUAAGCUCAGUAUCUGGCUUGAUCUGGACAGGACUCAGUUGGAGCCUUGGCAUGCGUGUCCUUCCUCUCUGUUAUCCACACCUAGGAAGCUAUUAUUCAAAUUAGGCAUUUCCCAAGUUAAUUGCUACCAAAUCAGUCUUGGGAAGAAUCUUUUCCUCAUCUUUGGUAGUGGAGGGGGGUACUCAGGAAUGGUGUGGAGCUGGGAGUGGGGUAUGGAGAUCUUAAACAUUCAAUGUGGGAGCCCCGAGGGAACUGGAGGUAGGCUGUGAUGAGGUGGGGUGGGGUGGGCAGGGAAUAGUGGGAGGGGAAAGCUUGACAGGGAAAUCCCUUUUGGCCACACAGUUUACAAACCUACCAUCAUGUGUUUGUGUGUCUCUUAAGGUGAGAGUCUGAUUUUUAUACCAAAGAGGAAAUGAUUUUUUUUCAUAUUGGUUUGUCUAUAAUAUAAAUAUAAAUAUAUAUAUAUAUAUACAGUUAUAUAUAUUAUUUUUUUGGUUCUCUCUCGUUUUUUAGGGAGGGAGGAAAGUACCAAGUUGCAUUGAGCUGUAAUUAAGGAACAUUCUGUAUAAUUUAUGACACAUUUCUAUACUUGCAAAAAUUAUAUCAUUUUAUGGAUAUAAGAGAAAAAUGUCUUUUUAUAAAAUUCCAAUUUCUGAGAA